UGGGAAGAGGAAGGGGUGUUUGUGGAGAACUGCCUUGAAGAUGUUUGGGAAGAGUACUUACUGACUUUGGAAUCACAUGAAUGGCAGGAGAAGAUUCCUUACUGCCUCUGUGAUUUCUGUCCAGAACUCCACUUUUGUGUAUCCUUCGUGCCAAAACUGCUUUUCCAAGCUGUACCUAGAUUUAGAGAGGUACAGCUGCCUAAAAUGCGGCUGUUCAGGUGACGCUAGAGAAGCAAGCUAUAGGUAUCGGCUGUCCCUUGAAGUAGCUGACGCUCACGAGGUGUUUCUGGUGACUGUCUUUGGAAGCUGUUUGGAAGCUUUCUUUGGAGUCACAGCAAAGAGUCUGCAAAGGUACAUUGAGGACCUUGUCCCAGACGCAGGAGAAGCAACGAGAGACACAUCCCCAAGUGUGGUAUUUCAGGCCGUUGAAACCUGUUUCAUUGGGAAGAAGUUUGUCUUUGGAGUAAAGAAGUCUGAAAAGCAAGAUGGUGCCAGCCACCUGCAGAGCCACUCUCAAGUUGACCGCCACUCAAAAGUUCUCACAGCCUGUCAGAUGUUUGUGCCAAAUCCUGGGCUUGUGGGCUGCACUGUUAUCCGUUACCUCCAUCAGCACCGACGACGCUCUUCUAGUUCCAAGGGCAGUCAUGGGGGCGUGUGGUCUCCUGGGGACGUCUUCACAGCACUUGAUCAGCCAAGCAGUGAACUUAGUUGCUUGCAUGGCUCUGGGGACUGGGAUCCAGUUCCCUCCAGUCACAGAGAUUGCCUUUCAAACCUCUGGCCCCAGUCAUUUGGGCUGACUUCCUCAUCCAUUUCUAGGGGGACCGCGGUGAAUGCUGCAACUUCAGGUGCGAACCAAGCUACCUGUGAUGAGCAGAAAUGGGACGACAGACUUGUCUCUCUGCAACCCCACGACCAAUCAAUCGACAACUCUCAGGACGGUAACCUGACUGUCAGUGAGAAGAACUUACAGGAAGAUGAUGAAUUGUGUUUGUGUUCUACUUGGCGUGACAGCAUUAUUUUUAAAAAGAAUGCGCAGAGCCACUCCUCAGAAAGAGAUGACUCUCGAUCAUUGCAAAAUCCAUUAGAAAUCGGGAAGAAAAGCUCUCCCAACAAAAUUAAUAUCUGGCAUCGCCAUGGUCCAGAAAAACCACCGAACCCUUUGCUGUGCCAGAGGCAAGGUUAUUCUUUUUGUCCACCCAUCUUGUGUACCGGCCAUUCCAGAGAUGGUGGAAGCUCUCAAGAUGACUCAUGGCUUUGGGAUGAACUGCCCUCUUCUGAAAGUCUAGAUGAAUUCAUUGCCAGGAUUGAGAAGAGCAAAGCCAUGGUGUCGCCAACAGAGACUGAAACUCGGGGACACGUCCCAAGCAAAGGGGCUGGUGAAAUCCAGGGACAUGUUAACCCAUCAUCCCUUCAGCUAGGUGCUGCUUCCACAACUGGUGAAAUACGUGAGAAGCUGCAGGAAGUAGCUGAGAAGGUGGAUGUGUUCAAAGAAUCUGUUUCCCCUCGUCACUGGUCUAACUGGUCGUCCCUUAGCGGCAAAGAAUAUCAACAGGAGGCCUCAUUUACCACUUCCUCUACUCAAAGAAAGGAUGACCGGGAAUAUCUGUCCAGCCAUCAUCAGAUCUUGCCUCACCUCUCUCUGCUUGGAACGAAACCUUCCAGUUCAAAGGGAAGUUGUCUGUCAUCCAAGGAAGGAGUUGGCCAAGAUGUCAAUAGUUGUGAGAAUCACUGUGCCUCCUCCUCUUUAAAGGCUUCUAGUAACUGCCUCGAAAACCUUGCCCGUUUAAAUUGUAAGUGUGAGGGCAAUGUAACAGGUUGGAGAAAGAAAGAAAAUUCUCACUGUGAACUAAAGCAGAUUUCUGACCUUACAGAUGUCCAGGAGCAAGGCUUCACCUUGGCAGCAUGUGACAAACAGGAGAGAGUUUGUGAAAGAGAGCCAUUCCCAGAGGUGCAGGGGGGGAAGUGUACAAGGGGUGAGAUCAGCAAUUUGCUACUGGACUCUUCCCUUUGCCCCCAGGGUAGUUACAAUGCCUCAGCCGAUCUCUUUGACACUAAUGCUGCAGGAGUGGAAGUUGUCGAGGGGAUUUUAACGGCCGAGGCUUUCUCAGCACAGGAGGGUGCAUUGACCACAAAGUCCACGGCCUCUGGAUACAAGCCGAGUGAGUUGGAAGCCAGCUGGACUGCUUCUCAGAAUGGGUUAUCCUUACUUGAUUUGUUUGCCACUUGUGAACCAAGAGCAAGCACUCCCGUCGCUGGUUCAGCAGUCGAGUUAGAAUGCAGCCCUUUGGGUACCCAGUACUUUGUGCCUCCUUCCCAGUCCACUCCCCGAGUGAGACCUUGUCAACAAGUGAGGCUCCCUAAGGGGAAGGAAUCCAAUCUUAGUGAAUUGCCGCUGAAUAAAUUGCCUUGGAUCGAUGCCGAAUGGAAAAGACCCCGGCCUGCCUUCAAAGCCCCAUUAGUAAAACAGCUCGUCAGCAAGUUCCUGCAAUCCAGAAGGUCGAGCACCUUGAGCUCUGCUGCCACGGAUACCUCAAUUACUCAGGGGUUGUUUGUCAACACUAGCCGAGCCCAGGGGCUGGCUGAAGACGAUGGUGAGGAAUGCAUUCCUCCAUCAGAGGAAAAAUGGAUGCAGCCACUUCCUUUCCAGCAUCGAAAAAUGUUUGGGUCGAGGAGGAGGAGCAGGGACCUUGCGGAGAAGACCCUUUUUUCUGAAAAGCGAAAGAGAUGGGAGGUUCCAAGAGGUACUACUGGGGUGGCAAGAACAGAAUUCACUGAUAGAAGCCAGCCACCAGCAGAGGCUGCAGUUCAUGAAGACGUUGCGGAUUGUGAGCAAGUAAUGGUGGUAUCACCUGGAUUUUGUACCUUUUCAAAUGGCAUCAGGUUGAACCUGUCUUCCACACCUCAUUGCACACCUUGCACCGGGAACUGGUCUCCUGAACUGUUUGGAGAUAACAGCUCCUCACCAUGAAAGCCACUUUAUGAAACCCUCUUCUUGGAAUAUAAAUUUCCUUCUGAAAUGUUACAUUUCGGACCCAGUUGGAGACUUCGAUCCAUUUUCAGUGGAGCCAAAGCAACUGUGAAAUGGAAAAUGACUACUUUUUUACAACUGCACCUUUCUCCCCACCCCCUUCAAAAAAAGCUACA